AUGAUCAUGCAAAGCACGCCUGUUCAACUCGGCACAAAAGACGAUAGGAAAGCCCAACUGUCCAUCCCCGCCAUCAUGGGCGAAAGUGCCGUUGAUGCUUCUCUGAUCCCCUUUGCGCAAAGGCCGGUCAUCAUCCUGGGUGCUGGCAUCAUCGGAUGCGCCACGGCCCGGCAGCUCCUCCAGCAGGGCUUCUCAGUCGUCCUGGUGGCAGAGUUUCUCCCGGGCGACCAGGAUAUCUACUAUGCUUCGGCAUGGGCAGGCGCCGCAUGGCAUGCCGCUGGCGGCAUCACGCCGGACCAGCGCUACCUCCAAGCCGUUACACAUCGAGUCCUGCUCCAGAUGGCGCAGGACCCGGAGUCGGGGGUGAGCGUCGUUGAUGCUCGAGAAUACCUCGAGCAACCGCCCGCGCCCGACUCGGCCAUCUGGGGACGGACUGUGGUGUCCAAGUUCCGGGAGAUGGACCAGACCGAAUAUCCCUCCGACUUCCACUGUGCCUGGGCCUACAGAACCCUGGUCACGGACCCGACUCGCCAUAUGCCAUGGCUGGGUCGUCAGAUCCGGGCCCUAGGGGGCCAGUUCGUCCGGCAUCGGGUGCAAUCUCUCCAGCAGCUCUACGAGAUGUAUCCCGAAUCCCGCGUCUUCAUCAACGCCAGCGGUCUGGGCAGCAAGACGCUCACCGAUGUCCUGGAUGAUCGCUGCUUCCCGGAGCGAGGGCAGAACGUGUUCCUGCGGACCGACCAGUGCCAUACGAUGUACUUCCGCAACGGGCAGGAAUACACCUAUGUGAUCCCCCGGCCGCAGUCGAAAGGGGUGAUCCUAGGGGGCGUGAAACAGGAAGACAGUCUGUCCCCGGAAGUCGAUCUUGCGAUCGCGCGGGAUGAGAUCGCGCGCGCCCACCGGUUGGCGCCUCACAUUGUACCGGCGCAGCCUGCAGAGGACGCGGUUCGCCACAUCAUUGGCAUCCGGCCCUCACGGCGCGGCGGCUUUCGGCUGGAUGCCACGCAGGCGGCGACGCGGACGGUGCUCUCCGCAUACGGGUUUGGUGGCGGGGGAUAUGCGUUUUCGUACGGGAUUGCCGACGCACUAGUGAAGAUGGUGGAGCAGGCCGAGCGGGCGCAUGUCAUUGUUUAG